UUGCGACGAGUGAGCAAAGACGCUCUUUUUCUCAGAGAGGGAGAGCGCGCGCGCGCGCUGCAGCGGCAGGGACAUCCGGUUCCGCCCAGAGUUCGUGUGAGGGAGGUACGCGCAGCACCAGUCGCUCCUCCCCGCGCCCCCAGCCGGGAGCGAACCGGACCUUGCGAGAGCGUCGACCCUAGCCUUUGACACUGUGUACCAAAGAAAUGGUGAUGGAGAAGCCAAGUCCGCUGCUUGUAGGGCGGGAGUUUGUGAGGCAGUACUACACCCUGCUAAAUAAAGCACCGGAUUUCUUGCACAGGUUUUAUGGCAGGAAUUCCUCUUAUGUCCAUGGUGGGCUGGAUGCCAGUGGCAAACCCCAGGAAGCAGUAUAUGGUCAGGCUGACAUACAUAAGAAAGUGAUGUCCCUGCAGUUUAGUGAAUGCCGCACUAAGAUUCGCCAUGUGGAUGCCCAUGCAACCUUGAAUGAUGGAGUCGUCGUGCAGGUCAUGGGGGAGCUGACAAACAAUGGGCAGCCAAUGAGGAAAUUCAUGCAAACCUUUGUUCUGGCUCCAGAAGGAUCUGUUCCAAAUAAAUUUUAUGUCCACAAUGACAUAUUCCGUUAUGAAGAUGAAGUAUUUGGGGACUCUGAAGCUGAACUAGAUGAAGAGUCAGAAGAUGAAGUAGAAGAAGAGCAUGAAGAAAGCCAGCCAUCCCCUGAGCCCGCUCAAGAGAAUGCAAGCAGUACUUACUAUGAAAGUCAUCCUGUAACCAAUGGAAUAGAAGAAACCUUGGAAGAAUCUUCUCAUGAGCCUGAGCCAGAGCUGGAAUCUGAAUCAAAAACUGAAGAACUGAAACCUGAAGUGGAAGAAAAGAACCUUGAAGACCUGGAAGAAAAGUCUCCAUCUCCACCUCCUGUAGAAACGGUUUCUCUACCACAGGAACCACCAAAGGCUUUCUCCUGGGCUUCAGUGACCAGUAAAAACCUGCCUCCUAGUGGUACUGUUGCUUCCUCUGGAAUUCCACCCCAUGUUAAAGCGCCAGUCUCACAGCAAAGAGUGGAAACGAAACCAGAAACCCAAUCCCAACCACCUCGAGUGCGUGAACAGCGUCUGAGGGAACGGCCAGGUUUUCCAUCAAGGGGACCCAGACCAGGUCGAGGAGAUAUGGAUCAGAAUGAAUCUGACAAUCGUCGAAUAAUUCGCUACCCAGAUAGUCACCAACUCUUUGUUGGCAACUUACCACAUGACAUUGAUGAGAAUGAACUUAAAGAGUUUUUCAUGAGCUUUGGGAAUGUUGUGGAACUUCGCAUCAAUACUAAAGGUGUUGGAGGAAAGCUUCCAAACUUUGGCUUUGUAGUGUUUGAUGACUCCGAGCCAGUUCAAAAAAUUUUGUUGGCAAAGCCCAUUAUGUUUCGUGGGGAGGUGCGCUUGAAUGUAGAAGAAAAAAAGACUAGAGCUGCUCGUGAAAGGGAGACACGAGGUGGAGGUGACGACCGCAGGGAUAUUCGACGCAACGACAGAGGUCCUGGGGGUCCCCGUGGAAUAGUGGGUGGUGGAAUGAUGCGAGACCGUGAUGGAAGAGGGCCUCCCUUGAGGGGUGGCAUGGCCCAGAAACUUGGUUCUGGAAGAGGAACUGGGCAGAUGGAAGGCCGGUUCACAGGUCAACGUCGCUGAAGAACCCAAUGUUGGCAGGCAGUCUUGGCAGUGAUACAUUAUUCGUCGUGUUUGCAUUCUUGUUAAUUUUCUGGCUUUGGAAUGUAACACAGCCUUUUUGAUCAUUUCUUUGAUGUGAGAAACAUCCUCUGGUUACAAGUUAAAUUGAGGUGGACGUUCUUUCCCCAUUUUCACAAAGAAGUCACACUGUUAAUUUAUAAAUUUAGACUUGGAGAUUAAGGACUGCGAAAUGACCAUUAAACUUUUGGCAACAAAAAAAGGACUUAAAGGUCAUACCCAGUUGAGAUAAGGUCCUUUCAGUAAAGAAAAAAAUCCCUUUGCUGCACAUUUUGUGUAAGUGUUACUGUUUCCGCCUAUUACUGUUGGAAGUGCAAAUAGUGCAAUCUGUGCAAUUGGAGAAGCUCGCCCUUUUUCUUUUUUCCUUUUAGAACACUCGGCUCCAAACAAUUCAUGUUUUUAUGAACUCAAAUGCACUAAUGGGUAUUCAACUCAUUUUACGUUGACAUCUGCUGAAAGCAGCAAGAAACAAUAUAGCUUGUGAAACGAUGCGGGCAUCUACUCUGCUUGCUGUGACCAAUAUAUGUACACACACAAAAACCUUAAUAAGACUAUAAGUAUGUUUCAGAAGGAAACCAUUUAAAACAUCAAUCAUAGUCCUGAAUACAAAACAAGUUUUUUAAAGAAUCUUAUGAGCUCCCUGCCUCUCUCCAAAACAGGGAUGGCUGACUGCUCAACACACUCCUCUACCCUUUUCCCCUUUCUGUAAGCAGUGUACAGUGAAAAAUUGUCUUUACUGUAUUGAGGUCUCUGGUAAUGUAAUAAGCAUGAUGGUGCCUUCUAUUAAAUACAUCAUUCCAGUCUUGCUGGUGAUUUUGUACAGUAUAGUGUAUGAAUGGCUGUGCUGCAAAACUUUAACAGCUGUAAAAAUGUUUAUAAAAUCAUUGUAUAAAAAUUGCAGUAUCUUUAAAUCCAUAAAGGUUACUGGAAUAUUAUUUGCCUAGCUCCUACAGCUAACAAGUUUCUGAAGCCUUUGAAGGAGGGACAAAUGAAGUAGCCAUGUUUUUACAGAAGUGGAGUUAUGGAAGUGAGUGUGCAUUCUUGCAAAGACAAGUCUAAAGUUAAUCAAGCAUGUACCUUCAUUUCAAGUAUACUUCAGAUAUCACAUUGAGCAUAAAACUUGUUACACUCAAGGAUACUGCAAUUUUCACAGGGCAGGAUAAUAGCUCAAGUAUUUGCGAUUUCCAGUUUUUUGAACUGUCACCCAUUUUGCACAAACCUUUAAGCGACUUUGAUGCCUGUGUGGCUUGGAUUUGUACAUUGAGGGAGUUUUGCAGUUUCCAGGUUCCUGUUUGCAUAGAUAGCACAUUCCAGAAAACUGCAAAUGUAGCAAACAAUACUCCCCAGCUUUGUGCUGGACAGCUCAGCCAACUUCAGGCUUACUCUUGAGGGGAGGCAAAAGUAUGUGACCACUCAAAGCUGCUUCUAAGCAUGGAAGACCUCACUUGUUACAGUGCAACAAAAAUGCCCAUGGCAGAGGAGCAUUUGGUUGCUGAAACCAUUUGCUGUUUCCUAUGAACAUGGAAGAUUUUGCCUGUGUGUGUUAAAUGAGGUGGGGAGGGGGAGAAGGGAGUGAAUUUGUAUCAUUCUUCCUCCAAAUUGAGGUCCUCCAUGUUUGAUGGUAAGUCUUGCACUAUUUUCAUACACUUUCUGGGACACAUUUCUCUCUUUCCAUUUUUAUAUAUUAGGGGUGUUUUUUGUGUUGAACUGUUUCAUUUUCAGAUUCCUGGAAAUGUAGUACUUGAAUGCCUCACCACCAACCAUAAACUUGACUUAAGUUGGGAGCCUUUCUUUAAAGUGCUGUUCUCAACAAGCAUUUUGCUUACCAGUGUUUAUGUUCCUUGACUUUUUUAGUGCUACGGUAUUGCCCUGCCAUCUUCUAUACAAACUUGUUAAGGCAAAUAGCACUGGGAGAAUAAUCAGAAAAAUGUGUAACUGACAAUUAGAGGAGCUACUGAGCCAUUCAGCUUCUCGGCUUGCUUCUUUAAAUGCCAUGAAAUAACAAUAUUGGAAGCAUACUACAGAAGUUUACAUGGUGACUGUUCACCUACUGUACUGUGGACUCAUAGUGUUCUUGUCCCUCCUUUCAAUAAAUGUACCUCUAGAAGAAAAGGAAAAACAGAUCUCUUUGACCAUUACUGUUAAAACUGCUUAUUUGUUGAUGUGGGUAGUAUUGCUAUCAUUACAAUCCUAUCUCAACAAACUUGCUUUAACCAUCUUUUGGCUUUAUUAGGUAUGCAAGACAAUGGACUACCAUCUUUAUUGCUGUAAUGUGUUAAGCAUUAUAUGCUAGUAGAAUCUAGUUUAAUUGUUGCAGGUGGAAAGUAUUUACUUAAGUUUCCAUUUUUGAAUGUUUUGACUAAACAUACCAAUAAACUACUGAUGUCUGCAGCAUUCA